AUGAAAAUGGCUGAAAAUCCAAAUAAAGUAAUAGAAGCACUUCGACAUGCUGUCAUGAAUACACGUUCAAAAAUUCGUUAUCGACCUGAUCUUAAUGGUGAUGGAAAAGCGACAAGUACUGAACUUGCUCUAUUUUUCGAACGUUUUUACGAAGAAAAGUUCGAACUUUUCGUUCCACCAUCUUCACCUAUGUGUCCAAAAACAAGAGUAAUGCUUGAAAAAUUAAUUCAAAAAUACAAUCGAAACUCAACACGUAACUAUCUUAUUAUAUCUGAUUUGCAACGCACAUUCUACGAACUUUAUGGUUUGCAAAAUCAAAUACCUAAUGCUGUGUAUCACGGUCUUGAUCCAGAACAAGUUCAUUUAUCAUAUACACACAAUGUUUACAAUCAAAUGUUUAUUUCAUUUGUUACACGAGAGCGACCAACCUCAAAUCUUCGACCUAUGAUCAAGUACUGUGACCAAGGAUGCGUUGCUACUGGUGACACAACAACAUACAAUGUCAAUGGUUGGCACCAUUGGAUUCAUUACAUUCUGAUCGAUAAUAUUCAACCAGGAACGAAAUAUAGCUAUCAACUUGGUUUCAUAGAAUCGGACAAUAAGACAAUUCCAUACAUAUUUUCGAAUACAAUGUGGACAUUUAAAACAAUGCCACGUUGGGAAGAUCGACAAAGAGAGAUUGUCUAUAUUUAUGGAGAUAUGGGUACGUUUAUGCCAAUGGGGAUCCAAGUGAUGAAAGCGAUAGUCAGUGAUUUUAUCAACAAUACGAAUGAACGAGCCGACUAUGUUGUACAUGUUGGAGAUAUUGCUUAUGCUGGAACAGGAGCUAAAAUCGAAAUUCAACCUAUCUGGGAUUUGUUCAUGAAUCAAAUUGCUCCCAUUGCGAGUCAAAUACCAUAUAUGACCGCGACUGGCAACCAUGAAAAAUAUUUCAACUAUACGAGUUAUCAAACACGAUUUUUUAUGCCUUCGAAAACAGAUCCAACUCCUUUAGAAGAUGAUGGAAAUUUCUACUUUACAUUAGAAACAAAUUUAGUUCAAUGGAUAUUCAUAUCAACCGAACACAACUACACCACGGGUUCUUCCCAACGAUUGUUUCUUGAAAAUGCACUCGAACAAUAUCGACAAAAAUGGCAAUUCAAACAGCGACCAUGGCUGAUUGUUGUUGGUCAUCGACCCAUGUACACAUCAGAUGAAGGAGCGAAUGCUGGUCGAUUACAAGAAGAACUCGAGCCUCUAGUGGUUAAAUAUGGAGUUGAUCUUGCCGUUUGGGGUCAUAUGCAUUGUUAUGAACGAACAACACCGGUGAAAUUCAACAAUGUUACAGAUCAAGAACAUUUUUCACCUGAUGGAAAAGUAUAUAGACACAAUGCAACAACAGCUGAUCAAACAAGUCCUAUUCAUUUGACUAUCGGCAUGUCUGGUGCUCUCAUUAAUGAAACAUGGUUUCCGAAGCCUGAAUGGUCACAAGUGAGAUAUGCAACGUUUGGUUUUGGCAAGCUUUAUAUUCACAAUGAAACUCAUCUGGAAUUUAAAACAAUUUUACUUGAUCCAACUCUUGCCGAUGAAGAGGAUCGUUUUAUGAUUGUUCGUGACUUUUAA